AAUCAGCAGUUGUAGAAAAAAUUGUUGGCCAAAAAAAAUCAUUGACAAAGGCACUCUAAGCAGUAAGCGUUGGUAAAGUUAAGAUUUAAAAAACAUGCCAUAAGAAGUCAGUAGUUUGAAUGAGAAAAGACAUCACAAAUCAAAAGAAAGCAAUCGCGUGCUGAGUCAUUACAAACACAAAGAGAAGGUAGCAAGCUAUUAUCUACGGACAAGGACAUAUAUUUAUGGGAGAAGAGGCGUUUAUUAUGAGAUAAAAGUCUGAGUUUCAGUCUGAAGGACAUGAAACAGGCCAUACUUAAGACUUGUCAUAUUGUAUAAGAAAAUGGCGAGGGAAUGAUUAGUGCGGCUCAACAAACAUUGAUGAUAUAAAUCGUUCAGCUUCCGUAUCUUCAACUUUCAACAAUAAAAAGUCUCAUAUAAAGAAAUGAACGGUAUGGAAAAAACAGACAGACAUAGUUUACUGCCCGAGGAAAAUCAAAACGAAGAAGUUUUGAUUAAAAGAAGGGAUAGGCCUUUAUCCAUUCAGAUCCCGGCGCCAGGCGAGAGUCGUGCAUCUCAGAGCAGUCCAAUUAAACGAGUAGAAAAAAAGACUAUAAACAGAAGAUCUACCUGGUUUGAAAAAGCAUUUGAUGCAGUAGGAAACAAUGGAGUUAUCGAUAAAUUGCUAUUCAUCAAAGCAACUCAUGAUAUUGAGGACUUCGUUCGGAAUCUUUUUGAACUUUUUGACACCGAGAAACGUGGUUAUAUCAGCAUACAAGAAUUUAUUGGAGGACUUCGACUUCUAAUGGCAAAAAGUGGUAAAACACAUGGAGAGAAAACCCUUCAAUGGUUCACAAGUUAUUUCAUGAAGAAUAAUUAUCACGAUAGUUGCGAAAUACAAUUUGAGGACUUUAAAAAGGCAUUCGAAAAUAAAGCGUUCACAGAAAAACUGUUUGGACUCCUCGAUCGAAACUCGGAUGGUGUAAUUGAUAUCAAUGAAUUCAUCGGUAGCUUGGAUCGUUUGGAAUGUGCUACCAGUGACACCAAGUGGUUUGAAUGGAUUGAAGAACAUUUCAAUGUUUCUUCACUUGAAGGCCGGAAGAUAACAUUGGAGCAAUUCAAAGAAACUUUACAACUAGAGCAGGUGUUUUUUGCGGAAAGAUUUUUCAUGUUAUUUGAUAAGAAUGGAGAUGGAAAAAUUGACAUGAAAGAGCUUAUCGAAGGAUUGGAACUCUUAAAAAAUGGAAAUGUUGCUGACAAACUAACAUUUCUAUUUCGCGUUUAUGAUUUAGAUGGUAAUGGCUAUUUAAAUAGAGAGGAAAUGAAAACCAUACUUCUCUCAGGGAUGAAAGAAAGUAAAUUAAGAUUAGAUGAUCAACAAGUUGAUGAACUGAUGGAGGUUAUUUUUGAAGAAGUGAGCUCCAAGUACGAGGGUCUCAUUGGAUUGGAAGAAUUUAAAAAUUUUCUCUUGAAAUAUCCUGGAGUCGCUGAAAAUUUAUCAGUCAGUGUUGGCCAUUUAUUGCAACCACCUCCAAAGAAAGCGAAAAAACCCGUCUCCAAAUUAUUUCCAAAACAUUUGCGCUGGAGUUAUAUUCAUCAAAAUCCAUCGAAAGUUAUCACUGUUCUUUUCUAUAUCUUAUUCAAUGCUGCCUUGUUCAUUUGGGUAGCAUUAGAAAGACACAAUGAAGGCGUUUGGUCAAUCAUUGCUAGAACUCAUGGAAUGUGUCUAAACUUUAACAGCGUGCUUAUAUUGAUGUUGAUGUUAAAAAGUUCUUUAACUUGGCUACGUUCAACAUGGAUUGGAAAGUAUCUUCCCAUAGACCAACAUAUUCUUUAUCAUAAAGCAGUAGCCACCAUUAUUCUCGUCUUAUCCAUUCUUCAUUGUGCUGGUCAUGUUGGAAGAUAUGCAACAAUGAAGCCAACUUAUCCAAAUGACACACACUUCGAAAUGUGGGAAUAUAUGCUAACAUUGAGAACUCCUGAAGGCUGGGUUGGUGGUUCAGCUGGUAUAACUGGAGUUUUACUUUUGGUUAUUCUUGGAAUUAUAUGUAUUUUAUCGCAACCUUUUGUUCGAGAGAAGGGAUAUUUUGAGUUAUUUUAUUUCUCACAUCAUUUGUACAUCAUCUGGUGGACUUUGUUAAUAAUACAUGCUCCAAACUUCUGGAAAUGGUUUAUUGCUCCAGCUGUUGUAUAUCUUGCUGAAAGAUUGUGGAGUGUACGCAUAGUUAGCCGUGCUCGUUACGGAAAAACUUUCAUUCAGGAAGGAAUCACUUACCCUUCGAAGGUAACUCACUUGGUAAUCAAACGACCUGCAAAUUUUGACUACAAGCCAGGUGACUACGUUCUUGUAAACAUUCCAAAGAUAGCCAAGUACGAAUGGCAUCCAUUUACGAUAAGCAGCUCACCUGAGCAAUCCAGUAACAUCUGGUUGCAUAUUCGUGCAGUGGGAACAUGGACAAAGAAAUUGUAUGAUCAUUAUGAGAAGGAGGAAGAAGAAGAAUGCAGAAGAACAUCGUUAAAGAGAGCGGUUAUCAGAAGACGGAAAAAUAUCAAAGUUAGGGAAAGCGAGAGAGACAAUGAAUUAUCUGCAAGUGAACAAAGAGCUAAAAGCAUUCGACGCAAAAGGCUUGGCAUCAUUGACGAAGAUGGCGACGAGAAUGAACUAAGAGAAGUGAUUUUUGAAGCAAAAACAAGUUCGUUGAGAAGAAGUGUUAAGAAAAGAAUAAAUAAAAAACAGAACAUUGAGCUUGUGAAAUUUUCUGGUCUGAAACGGAAUACCAUUACUAAAGAUAGCAAACUAUUGAUCUAUCUUAAUGGACCAUACGGUACACCUUCAACAGACUUCUCAGAGGCGGAGCAUGCAGUACUUAUUUCCUGCGGUAUUGGCGUGACACCUUUCGCAUCCAUUCUCAAAACAAUCAUGUUGCGUUAUCAACACGCAUCCCAUUCAUGCCCCAAGUGUUCCUUCUCAUGGGUUGGUAAAGUCCCCUUCUCACUAAGAAAAUUACAAAAGGUGGAUUUCUUCUGGAUAAAUCGUGAUCAAUACUCAUUUGAAUGGUUCCUAAGUUUGCUUAAAGAAUUAGAAGUUCAACAAUCGGAGCACGAAGGCGUCUUUAGCGAACAUUUCCUGGAUAUGCAUAUUUAUAUGACGUCAGCAUUACGUAAACAGGAUAUGAAAGCAUUGGGUCUGCAACUCGCACUUGAAUUGCUUCAUGAAAAAAGAGAUUUAAUAACUGGUUUACGAACAAGGACUAACGCAGGCAGACCUGACUGGGAUGAGGUGUUUUCAGAGUUGAAAGAAAUGGAAAAUGGGCACAUCACUGUUUUUUACUGUGGAAAUGCUGCUCUUGGAAAAAUUCUCAAAAACCUUUGUCAUAAAUACCAUUUUGGAUUUAAAAAAGAAAACUUUUAAAAGGUUUAUUGUUUACAACAUGAAACGUUAAAUACUGUGCCGUGUGCUGUAACGUAAACAGAUAUGUUUGAAAGAUACUUUUGAAAGUUUGUGAAAUCCUAAUGCACAUCAGUAAUUUUAAUUGACAAAUGUUCGUGCAAAUAGUGUACUUUCUAAAGCAGUAGAGGACACUAGAAAAAUUGAUCUAUUUAUACUAAAACAAGUAUAACCGACGUUUUAGAUUUGAUUUGAUACACAUCUUCUACAUAGAUGAUAUUCAGUUUAUCAACAAUCAACAAAACAUUCCUGUGUGAACAGAGAUCUCUUUAA